UCCUUUCGAUCGACUUUUUGCCACCCUGCCGCGCCUCGGCCAGUUUAUUUUUGGAGAGUAAACGAAGUGCCUUCGUCGAAAGCAAGAUCGAGCUACCCAAUUAACCGGAAAGAAUAAAAUGUGGAGAGUGGUGGUCGCGCGAUCGGACGAGAACAGCACCUUGCUGUCGUCGGAGAUCUCUUCCGGGCCGGUUGCACCGAGUCACAUCUCCGGUCUACCCGGGCCACCUUCCGGUCAUCACUGGGGUUAUCCGCCGCCGCCACAUCCUUCUUAUCAGCCGCAACAUCCCGAUACGCGCCAUCAUCACGACAUGCGUCCGCCACCGCACGAACUUCGUCAUCCAGCGAGCACCGGCGAUCUCAGAAAUCAGGAAAUCAGGAGCCACGAGAUGCACAGACUAGAUCCAAGGCAUCAACCCGAGAUGCAGAGACACCAGGAAUUGCACAGGCCCGAGAUGGCCAGGCAUCAGGACUUGAUCGGCAUGAGGCCGGACAUGAGAUCGGACAUGACCACGGAAAUUAGAUCUACUCACGAGUUUACCGAUCUUAAGAUCGAAAUCACGGAUAUAAGGAGCCAAGAGAGUGGACAACAGCAACAACAACAGCAGCAGCAACAACAACAACAGUUACAACCGACGUCGCAGCAAAGUCAAACGCAUCAGCAGAGGAAUUUGAAAAGGGCCAUGAGCGACUCCGAUUGCGACGACGUGUUCUCCGAGGAAAGCGGCAAAGAACCGUGUAAUUCGCCGGGAGGCGAUUCCUGUCAACACACGUCGCGAAAGCGUCGGAGAGGGAUGAUCGAGAAGAAACGUCGCGACAGAAUAAACGCGUCCCUCGGCGAGCUGCGAAGAUUGGUACCGGCAGCGGCGAGAGAUCCUCACAGCGGAAAAUUGGAAAAGGCAGAGAUUUUGCAGCUCACGGUCGAGCAUCUGCGAACGCUACGAAACAAAGGACCAGAGGGCUACGACAGUACCAAAUUGGCGAUGGACUAUCACGCGGUUGGCUGGGGAGAAUGCGCGGCCGAAGUCGGCCGUUAUUUGGUCACGAUGGAGGGUUUGGACGAGAGAGAUCCUCUGAGGCUACGAUUGCUCUCCCAUUUGCAAAGUUUUCAUCGAGAACAUGCCUCGUCAGCGGUUCCAGUGUCCGUCCCACCGACAACCCUGACCACCAGUUCGACGAGCAGUUACGAACCGAGUAGCACCGUGUCCACCGGAAUGCCAGCUGGAGCGGGAACCAUGCCACCCCUUUUGGGAGGAAGCGCGCUCGGAUGGGGACAGUAUCCGGGACAGUAUCCUCAACAGCAACACGGGAAACCUUACAGGCCUUGGGGUGCUGAACUAGCCUAUUGAGGAUUUUUCCCCGUCGAGGCUCCGACUCGAUUCGUCCAAAUUCCAUUUUUCGACCGUAGAUAAUGGUUAUCCGUUCGCGACUCUUAAAGAGUUAGCCCGAUACUUACCGUAACGACGAACAUUUUUCGUCGAUUCCGAACAAGCGAGAACGAGUGUAUUUUUUUACGCGCGAUACAUACUACCAUAGUCAUACGAGUACCUAAUACAGAGUGAUCGAACAAAGAUAUUUAUUUUCAUGCUCGACUCGAAAAACCUAACGAGCGAGUAACAUUGUAUAGUGUAUAUAGUUAUUGUAUAUAACGAUAAGACGCGACGUGAUUUCUAUCUUUUGUAUUUAUCGUAUUUUUAGUAUCGCACUCAGUCUGAUGGUUUGUGAUUGAAAAAAAGAAAUCGAAGAAAAAAUGAAUAAAAUUAAACGCCAAAAAACGCGGAUCGAUUGCGUGAUACAAGUGCCAUUAAACGUAUCGAGAUAUACGUAGGAAAAAACGAACGCUCAAAUGCUUUUGCAAUAAAACUAAUAAAGACGCAAACGAACAAUGGUGUACUCGUUAAAUCCCCGUAAUAUCUUUCUAUCGUUAAAUUUAAGCGGUUAGUUAAAUUCGUUCGUAACGACUACGACGAACUCCUUCCCUUCCCGAUCUCCUCUGUUUGUCCGAAGCGUAAAACAAGAUCCGUCGGAUAUUUUCGAGUUCCGAGCAACGCGUCCGACGCGAACCAUUCUUAUGCAAAAGUUUCGCAUUGCAGCUUGCCAAGAUGAACCGUCCAUCGUUACCGCGAAGAACAAAACCGAAUAUACCGGUCUCCCUUUCGCAUUGUGCGAACCAGUUUUGCGACUCGUUAACCUCUCGUGAAAAAAGAACGCUUUCGCAAUUAUGGACAAAUAUCGCAACACUCGCGGUGGGAACAAUUAGCAAGCGUAAGUUUUUUACGGAUAUUCAGAAAACCACGGGGAGCAAAACUAAUUCUUGAAAAAAGAAGGAACGCGAUGGUCGCCACGUGGCCAUUGUGUACGCUUAAUUCCCUUCUCGAACCCCAACUUUGUUCGCGAUAAUUGUGCGAACGCGUGUUCUCUGUUUUAUUAAAACUUCGCCUACAAAAAUAUACCUAAUAUAUUUUGUUCGAUUGUUUUUUAUGCUUAUUAUAAAUCGUAGCUAUCUUUCGUAACUUCUAUAGUCAUCGUUACCGACGAAACAACCGAUAAUCUUCCUCUGCUCCGCAAUGAACACCGAUUGUAACUCAGGCGAGCAUCGCUACGGUGCGACGGGUAAGUCCACGAGGAACUGUCAAUAUAACCAGAUUCUAUUGUACUGUCCAAUAGAAUCGAUGUACCGUUAUCCGUAUAUGCUAGAACAUUUGAACGAUAACAAAUUUUUCGUAAAAAAUCCGCAAAAUUUCCUUUUGCACCUAAUAUAGGUCAUCGAGGUGUUAAAGGUCAAUUAAUGGACGCGUAAACUCGUACAGUAGUAAAUGUUUAACGGUAAAAGCAAAAAAACUGUCCGAAUCAAACGAAAUAUGUAGCUCGUAUAACGUUGCGCGGUUUCGAUAUACGCUACCAUUUCGGUAUACGCUAUAAGCUUCCCCGAUCGAUCGCGAACGGUGGAGCUACUUUAAAGUACGCCAUUAUCUUCGGCGCGAUAAUCUUAUUGCAAACGAACCAAAGGAUUAUGGGAACGCGGUGAAGAAUUAUCGAUAGAACCAUUUUAUUCGGGAGUUUAUCAUCCGUUAAAAAGUCACAGCCUCGUCGGACAUGAUUACGUUAAAAUAUCGAGACGCAUCGAUAUACAUUUACGUACGCGUUACCGUAUAUACAUUCGCAAACUUAUGUACACGUAUGUUUUACAACUGUGAAUCGUGGUCGUCGAGGUACUCCGCGUUUACGCGCGAACUUACAAGUACGAGAAAAACGAGUAAACAAAAAUAUUGUGCCGUAAAAGAGAUCCAUAAAUUCCGAUUCUACUCCGCUUGCGUAAUCCUUCUUAGUUUUACGACAAUGAUCGCUAUUCUAACACAUAUUGCAUAAUAUUAGGUACAUUGAUCUUACGUUUAAAAAGAUCGCUGCGAAUACAACUUAUUUACAAAUUAUUUUAUAGAUUAUCUCUCGUGCGCUGUCGCUAACAAAAAUACAUACAUACGUACAUAGAUAUUUUUACGAAUCGUUACAAACUAUCUCUACGUAAAUGAGAUCGAAAUAAAUACUUGCGAUAAGACUAGGUAGCUUAAAU